ACAUUAUUGUCAUAACAUAAAAUGCAAAGCACCCAUCUUUCCAUCCCUGGCCCAAAAAUCUCAGUAUAAAAUCCCAGCUCUGGUUUUCAUCCUUCCUGUUUCUAUUUUCCUUCUUAUCACCCAACUAUGGCCAGAAAAUUCUUUGUUGGCGGAAAUUGGAAAUGCAAUGGAACAACUGAGGAAGUGAAGAAAAUUGUCACCACCUUGAACGAAGCUGAGGUCCCUUCUCAUGAUGUUGUGGAGGUGGUUGUGAGCCCUCCGUUUGUAUUUAUUCCACCGGUAAAAGAUUUACUGAGACCCGACUUCCAGGUUGCAGCACAAAACUGUUGGGUUCGCAAAGGUGGUGCUUUUACUGGAGAGGUUAGUGCUGAGAUGCUAGUGAAUUUAUCUGUUCCAUGGGUCAUUCUCGGACAUUCCGAACGAAGAUCUCUUUUAAAUGAGUCAAAUGAGUUUGUUGGGGAUAAAGUAGCAUAUGCACUUUCUCAAGGUUUAAAAGUGAUCGCUUGUAUUGGUGAGACACUUGAGCAGAGAGAAUCAGGAUCUACAAUGGCUGUUGUUGCUGCACAAACAAAAGCAAUUGCAGAAAAAGUAACCAAUUGGACUAAUGUUGUUUUGGCUUAUGAGCCAGUUUGGGCCAUUGGUACUGGAAAGGUUGCAACACCUGCUCAGGCUCAAGAGGUCCAUUUGGAAUUGAGGAAAUGGUUGCACGACAAUGUUUGUGCUGAAGUUGCGGCAUCAACAAGAAUUAUCUACGGAGGUUCUGUAAAUGGUGCAAACUGCAAAGAGUUGGCCGCAAAACCAGAUGUUGAUGGAUUUUUGGUUGGUGGAGCUUCUCUGAAGCCGGAAUUCAUUGACAUAAUCAAGUCUGCCACUGUCAAGAAAGAGUGACCGAGGGCCACAGCCAUCGUUGUUAGCUGUUCUUCUGUCCCUGGAACAGUCAUUAGCCCAUGCUUGCCCAAGUAUAAUAAGCCAAUCCUCCGUUAUUGGAUUUUAUCCUGAACUCUAAAGGAUUUAUGACCCAUGUAGUUUUGAGGCUGUUUUAUUUUUAUGGCGGUUGCUUAUUUAUAUUUUAUUUUGAAAUUAAUGAUGCUUUAAAUUCUCUCA